CCUCAACUCGGAGACAGUGCUACUAAAGCCCGCCGGACAAACUCGCUACGCUGCUCAACUUCGUCGUCAUGGCCUCUGUACCCACCGAUACGUACGAGCUACUGCAAUGGAACAUGAAGCUAGCCCACCAAACAUACGAGAAGGGCUACGAGAUCAUCAUUCCUCUCCUUGACAAUCCUCCCAAGGCCGACCUGAAGAACUUCUUGGGUUACUGCGAGGCAUGGGGCCAUUCUAUCCUGCACCAUCACGAUACAGAGGAAGCAACCGUCUUCCCGAUCCUCAACAAGAAGAUGGACUUCUCGCACGAGAAAGAGCAACACACAGAGCUUCACGCUUUCCUGGAGAAAUUCCUCGCCACCAUCAAAGACGCGCAAGCCGAGCCGUCAAAGUUCAACGCGGUAGAGCUCAAGGAGCUCAUGGUAGGCUCGAAGGACGUGAUGUUCGCUCACUUUAGCCAGGAACUCGUGCACAUAGGCGCAUCAAAGCUGAAGGAAGCGGGAUUCAGCGAAGAUGAGUGCAAAAGAAUGAUCGCCGAUAUGGAGAAACAUGCCAAAGGUCACGGCGACCCGUUCCUUGUGGUUCCCUACAUGCGCAGUCAUACACCGGCCGAGUACAAAAACAUCUGGCCACCCAUGCCAUGGGUUCUCCGAAAGGUGGCUGUGCCCUAUAUGUUAGCGAAGAAGCAUUCAGGGUAUUGGAAGUACGCUCCCUACGCAAUGUCCUAGGUAGACCUCGUUGUGGCUCUUUAAUGUGCCUACAAAGCAUACC